GGGUCCACGAGAGGAAGCGGGGGUUGCGGACGUGAAAAAUCGGAGACGGGUCGGGGGAGGAGGCGUGGCAACCCCUCGGAGCGCGCGGGUUGUGCGGCCCGCAGUCGCGGCUCGAAGCGAGGCGGGCGAGACCAAGUGAAGAGGCCGGGGGGGGGUGUGAGGAUGAUGAUGAUGAAGAGCGGUGUGGAGAAAGCAACAAGAAAAAGAGGAUUCCAGCCGUGAGGCAAAGCGAGGCGGCGAAAAAAACACUAUUUUUUUUUAAGUGAUAAUAAUACGGGAAAAAAAUUUUUAAAGAAAAGGAGGCGGAAAGGAGGGUGAAGCGGUAAAAUGGCGUCGGCCGGGCCCGAGCCUGGGGGGAGCAGCGGCGUUUCCUCAGCUUUCAGCUUCCUUUGCUGUUCACUGAUGCCUUCCCGAAGAUGUAUGGGGACACCCGGGACAGCAACACUUAAAAAAACGCUUGAGUUGCCGGGUGCCUCUGGGCACUCCUCACAGACAAUCAAGAAAGGCCACAGGGGUGUGGACUCCACCGGCGAAACCACGUACAAGAAGACAACUUCGUCGGCCCUCAAAGGUGCCAUCCAGCUUGGGAUCACCCACACGGUGGGGAGUCUGAGCACCAAGCCAGAGCGAGAUGUCCUCAUGCAAGACUUCUACGUAGUGGAGAGCAUCUUCUUCCCGGGUGAAGGCAGCAACCUCACCCCGGCCCAUCACUACAACGAUUUCCGCUUCAAAACCUACGCUCCUGUCGCCUUCCGCUAUUUCCGUGAACUGUUUGGGAUCCGGCCGGAUGACUACCUGUGCUCCCUUUGCAGUGAGCCCCUCAUUGAGCUCUCCAACUCCGGGGCCAGCGGCUCCAUCUUCUACGUCUCCAGCGACGACGAGUUCAUCAUCAAAACAGUUCAGCACAAAGAGGCAGAGUUCUUGCAGAAGCUGCUGCCGGGUUACUACAUGAACUUGAACCAGAACCCCCGGACCCUCCUCCCCAAGUUCUACGGCCUCUACUGUGUGCAGGCUGGCGGCAAGAACAUCCGAAUUGUGGUGAUGAACAACCUGCUGCCCCGCUCGGUGCGCAUGCACCAGAAGUACGACCUGAAAGGCUCCACCUACAAGCGCCGGGCUUCCCAGAAGGAGCGGGAGAAGGUCUUCCCCACCUACAAGGACCUGGAUUUCAUGCAGGACAUUGCCGACGGCCUCUUCCUGGACGCUGACAUGUACAGCGCCUUGUGCAAGACUCUGCAGAGAGACUGCUUGGUUUUGCAGAGCUUCAAAAUCAUGGACUACAGCUUGCUCGUGGCAGUCCACAACCUCGACCUGGCUCAGCGGGAGCGCGCCGUGGCGGAUGGGGCGGCCGUGGCGGACACGCGGCGGCCAGCCCCCCAGAAGGCCCUGUACUCCACAGCGAUGGAGGCCAUCCAAGGGGAAGCCCGGCGAGGCGGCACCAUUGAAACGGACGACCAAAUGGGAGGGAUCCCGGCCCGGAACGCCAAGGGGGAGAGGCUGCUUCUCUAUGUGGGGAUCAUUGACGUGCUGCAGUCUUACAGGUUCAUUAAGAAGUUGGAGCACUCGUGGAAAGCCCUUGUUCAUGAUGGGGACACGGUUUCGGUUCACCGGCCCAGUUUUUACGCGGAAAGGUUCCAGCGGUUCAUGUGUAACGUUGUCUUCAAGAAAAUCCCUUUUAAAUCUUCCCCUUCGAAAAAGAGCCGGUCUGGUGCAGGACCUCCCCGGCGGCCAGGCCAGGGUGGCGCCCCAUCCCAGGUGCAAGGGCUGUGCGAGGCAAAAGCGCAGUUCACGAUGGAGGCGGAAGUCGAGCAAGGUUCCCAGCUGGGCCGCCCUGACCUUCUCCCCCACACUCCCCUUGCAGAGGAAAUAAACAGCGACUCAGCUGCCACAACCUUAUCCACCUCCUCCUUGGGGAGCAGGAGCCACGAUUCACCAGCCAACAGGUCUAUAGGAGUGGAAGUUCACAAAUCAGGUUACAGGCAGAGCUAUGCAGACAUGUGUUCUAGCAAGACCAGGUUCAGCCUCAGCAGUAGCCAUAGCAUUUCUCCAGGACCCUCCGCACCAGGACGUCCCUCUGAGCUGACGGAGCAAUUUGAAGACUUGCCAGAGACGGAGAUCAGCUUUGCCGACAGAGUGAGGCAGAGGAAGAGGGGAAGGAAGAGGCCUCCGAGGCUGCCGCUUGUCUUUCUCCUUCUCCUUCUCUUACUGGGCCCGGACUGGGAAGGGGCCGCGAUGGUGCUGGAAAGCACGAUGGUCUGUGUUGACAACAGCGAAUACAUGAGGAACGGGGACUUCUUACCGACCCGUCUCCAGGCCCAGCAAGAUGCAGUCAACAUCGUCUGCCAUUCGAAGACCCGCAGUAACCCCGAGAACAAUGUGGGCCUCAUCACUUUAGCCAAUAACUGUGAGGUGUUGACCACCCUGACCCCCGACACAGGCCGCAUCCUGUCUAAGCUGCACUCGGUCCAGCCCAAAGGGAAGAUCACCUUCUGUACUGGGAUCCGAGUUGCUCAUCUGGCUUUGAAACAUCGCCAGGGCAAGAACCACAAGAUGCGGAUCAUUGCCUUUGUGGGGAGCCCUGUAGAGGAUAAUGAGAAAGACCUCGUGAAACUGGCCAAGCGGCUGAAGAAGGAGAAAGUGAACGUGGACAUCAUCAAUUUUGGAGAAGAGGAAGCCAACACCGACAAGCUGACGGCCUUCAUCAACACCUUGAACGGCAAAGACGGGACGGGCUCUCACCUGGUGACGGUGCCCCCCGGGCCAAGCCUGGCUGAUGCUCUCAUCAGCUCCCCGAUCCUCGCUGGAGAGGGAGGAGCAAUGCUGGGCCUGGGGGCAAGUGACUUUGAGUUUGGCGUGGACCCCAGCGCCGACCCAGAACUGGCUCUGGCACUCCGGGUGUCCAUGGAGGAGCAACGGCAGAGGCAGGAAGAGGAAGCUCGCAGGGCUGCGGCAGCAUCUGCCGCAGAAGCUGGGAUCCCAACCUCUGGUGCAGAUGAUUCAGACGACGCCCUGCUCAAGAUGACCAUAGGCCAACAGGAAUUCGGCCGAGCUGGCCUCCCCGACCUCAGCACCAUGACCGAAGAAGAACAGAUUGCCUACGCCAUGCAGAUGUCUCUCCAAGGAGCCGAGUUUGGACAAGGUGAGUCGGCCGAGGUGGAUAUCAGCACUGAUAUGGACACGUCAGAACCGACAAAGGAAGAGGACGACUACGAUGUGAUGCAAGACCCCGAGUUCCUGCAGAGCGUCCUGGAGAACCUGCCGGGAGUCGAUCCCAACAACGAGGCCAUUCGCAACGCCAUGGGCUCCCUGGCCUCGCAGGCCUCCAAGGAGAACAAAGACAAGAAAGAGGAGGAGAAGAAAUGAUGUGGGGAGGAGGGGCAGGCCACGGGCCCUCAGUGGCGCCCCAACUCUCCUCGGCCCCGUUACGCAGUCAAGAGCAUCGCCGGCUCUGCAUGCUCCAGUUCACCUAGCCUUCUAGCCAUCAGUGUCCGUAAUCUUCCCUCCAGGCUAGUUGGGGAGAGGCGGGGAGAGUCACCAGGUUAUUAUGGGUCAGGGUGGGUGGCGGUGGGUGGGUAGAACUUCUCUUCUUUUUUGGGUUGCGGUUUAGGGGGUAAUAAAAACCUUAAAUUUUC